GUUUCCUCUUGCAAACUUGCCGAAGCUCUUGGCCCCAUCUGCUGAAACGCGUCCCUGUCCUUGACCGUCUUCAUCAACGACUUGCUUCAUCGUCCAAUGAAUCGCCGCCGCCGCCGCUGAUGAAUUCGACAUCAUACCGAUCGCUUCAAGUGUUUCCCACUGCCUCGCCGGAGAGGUAUCUCUAAAAUCUACUCCAAAGCAAAGAGGUCUAAAACCCCCAAAACACCUCAAUGGUUUGGUGUUCGAUCUGAAAUUCUGAUUAUGAUAUCUAUUGAGUAUUAUAUUUUUGCGAUCUGAACAGCAUGAGUAGUCGAUUGACCCGACCCGGCACGCGCCCAACCCUAGACACGAUGGCUUUUAAUGUUGCCCAUAGGACAAAUGCUCUCCAAAGGCCAAAUAUGAUUCGGCAUCUAUAAAAGUCGAAUACUGUACCAAAUAAUGCAAUACUCCGUAUUAUACUUUAUAUAGAGAGUGCAUUCGUCUAUCAUUUCUUGGGAAAUAGAUGUCUCUUCUGAGCAAAAUUCAUGGUAUUUCUUCAUCUUCAAAUGCCCGAUUGAGAAAAAUUGAAUCUUUUAAACUGAACCCCGUUUGCUCUAUCCACUAUGCAUCCCAUUCUAAUUCCCCAUUCAUUGAGUGGCAUUCAGUGGAGAGGUACCAGAGGGACAACUGGAUUUACAAGAGCGAAUUGCAGCAGCCUCCUUCGCACCCGCUCCCAGCUGACCCUAGCUUUUUGAGGGACUAUGACAUUGCCCAGCAGCUUCCUGAGCUCAAGAAGUUGCUUCGGGUGUUAAAGGAGAAGCGGGGGAAGAGUUAUGACGCCGGGAAGAGAGGUCCCGGGAAUGUCUUUUUGGUGGGGACUGGACCGGGGGAUCCGGAACUGUUGACUCUCCGGGCAUUGAGAGUGAUUCAGGGUGCUGAUCUGGUGUUGUAUGAUAGAUUGGUCUCCAAUGAUGUGCUCAAUCUAGUGGGUCCUGAUGUUAGGUUUCUCUAUGUUGGCAAAACUGCUGGGUACCAUAGCAGAACACAGGAAGAGAUUCAUGAGUUGCUUCUUAGUUUUGCUGAAAUUGGGGCCACUGUUGUCCGGCUGAAAGGAGGAGAUCCUUUGGUGUUUGGGCGGGGUGGAGAAGAGAUGGACUUUCUACAACAGCAAGGAAUUGAAGUGAAAGUUAUUCCUGGUAUAACUGCAGCUUCGGGAAUAGCAGCAGAGCUGGGAAUCCCGUUGACACACCGCGGUGUCUCUAACAGCGUUAGAUUUCUGACAGGCCAUUCAAGAAAAGGAGGAACGGACCCUCUAUUUGUGGCAGAGAAUGCCGCCGACCCGGAUUCCACCUUGGUUGUUUACAUGGGAUUGUCAACUCUUCCUUCUCUUGCCUCAAAGUUGAUGCAUCAUGGCCUGCCGCCUGGUACUCCAGCUGCUGCUGUUGAACGUGGGACCACCCCACAACAACGUAGUGUAUUUGCCGAGCUGAGCAAUCUAGCAGAUGCGAUCACUUCACAUCAACUAGUAUCCCCAACUUUGAUCAUCAUCGGGAAGGUGGUUGCACUUUCCCCAUUGUGGCCACGUUCUACUGAAUCCGGGGCUCCAAUCUUGGUCGAGGCUGAAUUGUAGGCCAAAUGAGUGUCGCUUCCCGUCCCUGAAACUUCACCGUUUGGGUACUUUCGGACAUCCUCCCACCACUCAAAUCCUUGUGGAAAAUAUGACGUUUUUACGUUUCCAACCACGUGUAAGUACCCGUCACCAUCUAGGUGCCAUUCUUUUGGAAGGAAAUUGAUUAGUUCGGUGAUGAUGGGCAUUGGAGAGCUAGUUGAACAUAUUCUUUGGCCUGUUUAUUAUAUGUGUAGAAAUGGAUAGAUAAAUUUUGAUGGUGGGAUACUGGCUGUUUAUUCACUAUACAGGAAGCCCAAUGGCUUUAUGGGCCUAGCUCAUCCUGUGGGCUGAAAGGCUUGGGCUAGCUAUAUGGGUUAUGGACCAUAUGCAUAGUCCCGUUGCUGUAGCUCGCUCAAGCUCGAUUUAUUUGGCCCAACAAGGCCCAUUCCCCAGGCUUUAUAUUCCAUGAAGAAUUUCAAGUGGUAGAGUAACUGCCAAAGCAUUGAAUUAUGUACACUGUCUUUUUAUCAUUUAUGUCUAUUGUCUAAGACACUAUUUUGUCUCAUUCUAUAUUUGUGUCGUUCAAAAUCAAUCCCUAUUUAAUCUGUACGAUUGCAAAAACUUACCUUUUUAAACAAAUUGUUUGUGUUUUU